CUGAGAGAAACUCAAUUUACAGGGGAACUCGUUUAGAUUUUGUAGAUAGGAUCAAUUGAUUAGUAUAUUUUAUAAAAUCAAUUGAAAGUACGAUUUUCGAUAUUUUUCUAUAAUGGCUUUACCACUCAAACCACAAAUUACUAAAAUUUUGGAACAAGACGUUUGUAAGUUGACACAUCUUUGUAUGUGGAAAAAAUUCGCAUCUGGAUCGACUGAUAAUAAUAUGAUUAAAGGGUUAGUUUUGGGUGUAUAUACUGGCGAAGGUGAGCAGGAACCUAAGUUAAGUGUUACUGCCGAGAAGUUUAAUGAUCGGGUCAAUGGUAAAAUUGUACAGCUAGUGCGAGAAUGGAACAUAACGGGUGAUGUAGGUAAAGGAAAAGUGUUUAAUAAUAUAGAUCCAGAAUUUAGAUCUAUUGCAGUCGUUGGUGUAGGUGAACAAAACGUUGGCUUUAAUGAAAUGGAAAUAAUUGACGAGGGGAUGGAAAACGUUCGUAUAGCAGCUGGUGUAGGUGCACGUAGCUUACAAUAUCAAGGAUGCUCUCAUAUAUACAUUGACGACCUUGAAUAUCCUGAACAAGCAGCGGAAGGGGCUUCAUUGGCUAUUUACCGCUAUAAUGAAUAUAAGUUGGAAAAACAUCGCACACUUUCGCCACUUCUACACCUAUACGACUCAUCAGAUGUCGAUGCAUGGACUCGUGGUUUAUUUAAGGCAGAAGCACAGAACUUGGCUCGCCGCCUUACCGACACACCAGCAAAUCGAAUGACGCCAAUGCACUUUGCACAGUCGGCUGUCGACGCCCUCUGCCCCUGCGGUGUGACAGUCGAUGUGCAAAGCAUGGAAUGGAUCGAGCUGCAGCGCCUUAACUCAUUUUUAAUGAUAGCGAAGGGCUCCUGCGAACCACCAGUCUUGUUAGAAAUCAAUUAUUGCGGCACAUCACCAGAGGAUAAGCCCAUACUGUUGUUUGGUAAAGGCAUUACAUUUAAUAGUGGUGGUCUUUGCCUACGUAGUAGACGUGGUAUGGCUGAGUACAGAGGUUCGAUGGCCGGUGCAGCAGUUGUUGUAGCUACCAUCCGAGCCGCAGCAGCCCUGUCUCUUCCCAUCAACGUUACGGGUGUUAUACCACUUUGUGAAAAUACACCAUCCGGUAUGGCAGCCAAACCUGGUGAUGUCGUCGCAUUACUGAAUAGGAAAACAUUAUCUAUGCGCGAUGCUGACAAGGCUGGUGUUGUUGUUAUGGCGGAUCCAAUUCUUUACGCGCAGGCUGCUUAUAAGCCACGUCUAGUUGUUGAUAUAGCCACUUUAAGUAAGGGAGUGGGGCAGGCUUUAGGUGGCUCAGCAACUGGGCUGUUCACUAAUUCUAAUUUCAUCUGGAAGCAGUUCCAAAAAGCUGGAACUAUAACAGGUGACAGAAUGUGGCGUUUGCCGUUGUGGAACUAUUUCAAGAAGCUUGUGACAAAUAACAAGAGCUUCGAUGUGAGCAACGAUGGAACAGGCCCGGCUUCUGCCUGUCUUGCAGCUGCUAUAUUGCAUGAAUUCGUGCCUUGUCUUGAUUGGGUGCAUCUUGACAUACGUGGUGUGGGAAUGCUCACAAAGUUUGGAACUAUGCCCUACUUGUUGAAGGACAGAAUGACUGGACGUCCCACUAGGACAGUUAUACAAUUUCUGUUUCAGAUGGCCUGUCCUGAUACAAAAAAGUGAAACCCUUUACAAGCAACCACACACAAUUAAUAAAAAUUCUCCCUGUCGACACAACUGUUUUUAAUGGAAAAUCGUCGCAGGGCAGUAAACAUCCGUAUGAUGUUUCAAACAUGGGCAAAGAAACCUUCAAAACUUUCAAAAAUCUUCAAAUACGGACAAAAAAAUUUUUCGUUAUGAAUCAAAUUGUAAAUAUUCUAAUUAUAGAAAUACUCUGUAUGCAUAAUGUUUAUUGGAUCCUCUAAAGAAUGUAGUCGACCUUCACAAAGAUGAAGAUGAUUUUAGAAAAAAAAUUUCCUGUUAAUUUGGAGUAAUUGAAAAUAAAGUAUACAGAGUUUAUCGAAGCAAAAUUAGGAAAUGAGAAGGCCCUAAGAGCUUUUAGGAACUCCUUAAUAUAUAUUAAAAAUGACGAGGACAAAAGAACAACAUGGGCUAAACUUUUAAAAAUUUUUGAAUUGGAAAUCAUUUUAUAAUGAUAUAUUAUAUAUAUAUAUACAGAAUUAUUUAUUAUGUGCUGAACUGGAAAACAUAUUUGAUGUAUACUUAAAUUCGUCGUUACUAAGACGAGAAGCCAAACAAAAUAAAAAACAGUGCAUCAAAUAAAC